AUGGCUUUGCGGCAACGUCUUGAACAAGCGUGGCAACCAAAAUCUAAGGCGCAGCUCUGCUUCAUCAUAGCGGAGCCGCACCCUGCGAUCCGGGGCAUGACGGUCAUGGAUCUCAGCGGCCUCGGCGGAGAGCUUUGCGCUCUCAGGAACCAGGAGCUCCGCGACUUAAAAAAAGCUGGUGUGAAGAAGACCAAGAAAGGCAAACGCCUUCUCCAGACCCGGCUGCACGAGUUGUCCACGCAGAUCGAGCGCUCUGCCAUGUCACGCUGGAAGCUGUUGACCAAGAAGACCCGCAAGACCACCGUCCUGUCGUUUGGCACCCUGAAUGCCCUCCGUCAGAGCAUCCUCGCCAAGGUCAAGGAAACGGUGCGCGAGCCGGAGCUGCCUCGGAAGGUAGAGGAACUGAUGUCGGCCAGCACCAAGGAGGCGAAGCAGGACUUGGAUGCUCACAUGCAGGAUGUGGUGGACAAGCGCCGCCAGGAAGGCAAAAAGAAACCGGAGCUCACAGGCAAAAAGAAAAAAGCCAAGAAAGACUCCACGGACUCUUCUGAGAACUCGGACCCAGAAGACGGCUCGGACCUAGACUCUGACAACGCUGAGAGCGAGGGGGCACCUUCUAUGCCUUCCACCGCAGCGCCCUCGAAGAGCACGAGGAAGCGUGGAGACAGCUCCAAGCUGUCUGUUGCUGCUAAGUCUGUGAGCGCCAUCCCCGCGGAUGACUUCGACCUCUUCAGCAACCCUCGCUUCUCGCCCAAGAGCUCCGAAAAGGUACACGGGUGGCAACCUUCUGAGCCUUUUAGCGCAGCCUUGCCGGAGGAGGCUAAGAACACCUCAGCCGCUGUGGACGCUUCCAAGGAGAACACCCCAUGCCCUGUGUCUCUGGAGCUCCAGGAGAUGCUCUCGUCGGUGACGCAGGAAAACUUCCAGCGCGAGGACAUUGCUGGCUUCUAUGAGCUCCUGGGGGCUUUGGGGUGCAAGACGCCCCACAUGCUGCUCUCGUCGCUUGAGGUGUGGAUGGAGUCAAACCCGAGUGGCAACCCAGCCAAGUUCCUGACCAAGGGCAUCCUGGGCACCAGCAUGUUCAACAAGAUGCCGUUUUCAUCAAAGAUGGCAUCUGCUAACACCAUAAAGUCUGUUCUCGCCAACAAGGAAUCCUACCUCGGGAUCUUGGAGGUCCUGGAUCAGUGCAGCAGCCAGGAGCAGGCCUCGUUGCGAACCCACCUGCUGGCCCUCAUGAAGGUGAAGGAAACCACCAAGCACAGUUCAGAUGGCUACGAGCACUUCUUUAGAGCUCUGGAUGUUUGGCAGUGCUUGGGGGUGAACAUCAAGUUCCACGCGUGGUAUGGCACCAGCUGGGUGACCUCAUGCUUGCCGCACGAUGCGCUCUCUUCGCUGGGCAUGUGGCUGGAAGGCUUUGUGUGCAUGAAGCAGUGGCUGCGGACACUGGACUCCUCUACAGUGCCAGUGGCAGACAUGUUCUGGUUCGUUCUGCGGCUUCCUGCAGAAGAGUUGUUGGCGCAGGACAUCGCCGCGGCCAGGGUCCAAAAGCGGUUGAUGCACACACUGGCUCAGCAGCUCGAACUGGGCAUGGCUGAGUGCAAAAUCCCGCUGUUGUCCAAGCCACCGAGUGUUCAUCAGGAAACACCGUGCCAGACUCCCUGGUCCUCUGGGGACCGCGCAGGCAACGCCCAGCUUGUGAAGCAAGAGCUGGCCAAGAGAUUCCUGUCUCGUUCCGGCUUUGUCAGUGGCUCACACUCUGCUGCAAAUGCAGACCGGCUCUCGGAUGUGUCUAUAAAACUGCCAGGUCUCAGCGACCGGAGCAACGGCGCUGUGGCGGCGAGCCAGCUGGCCACAUCGUACUUUGCGCGCGCCAGCCUGUCCUUGCUGCAAAAGAUGGCUUCCCAGACCUACAAGCACCUUGCGAUCUAUUACGACGCUAGCCACGUGUUCACCUACGAGGUCCUACAAAUCCACAUCUCCGUGGAUGGAGCUGUGCUCUGCGCCCCUCUUUCUGUCAUGCCCCAGCUGAAGGUGCCCGCAGAGACUUCCGUAGCUACCAACCUAGAGACGGCCGCCAAGCUUGAACCAGACCAGCCCCUGCACACACUUGUGCCCCACGGCUCUGGCCCCAAGGCCAAAGCCAAGAGCAAGGCGGCCGCGCAGCGUCUCUGCCGCGAAGAGAAAACCUCAAGCCGACAGACUCUUAUGUCGUUGAACCACAGCCUUUUUGCGCUGGCCCGCAUCCGGUUGUCGGAUGCUAGCCCUGCAUGCGUCCUGCGCCCGCCCAAGAAGAGCGAGAAGCGUUGCUACUUCGAGGAGGAUGGCCGUAGGCUCCCGUUCCUGUGGGACUCCGACACGAAAGACGCAGAAUGGCAGCACACGUCCUACCCAGCCUUCAGCAACCACAUCCGCAUCAGCACCUUGCAGGACCACGGGGAUGUGACAGCCGCCUACCAGCUGGCGGACCACGGUGUCGCUAUCAUGAUUCAUCAAGACACCCAGCACAAGUUGCACCGUGAAGAAUGCCUUUCACGGGCUGACGUGCCUGAGAUCGACCUUUGCAUCGAGCAGUGCAUGCUAAUCAUGAAAUACGAUAAAGCGCCGUGGGCCACUUCUGCCUUUGGUCGUCGCAUGCAAGAAGCCAUGGCCCGCAUUGAUGAAAUUCCGGCUGACCAUGUGCUGGUGCAGAUGGUUGCCACGGGUGUGAUCCGGGACCACGGCAUGGACCCUCGCAGCACUCUUGAGGAUGUGAAGAACACGCUCAGGUUGUACGCGGUAAAUGGGUAUGGGCGCACGGGCGGAGACCACAAGCUGGGGCGGUGGUGUGACUUUGUGGACUCCUUUGGCAAGCUGAAGCGCAUAUGGCAUUGUCGUCUGUUUAUGUUCCUCUUCGCCUACAUGCUCGAGGGCAAGAAUCCCUGGGAGGCUGUCGCCGGGAGCAACGCUUCUGGCGAGGACGAGACCAGCAUCAGCUGCCGUGUGCUUCGCGUAACUGGGCUGAACCAGCCACUCACAGUGGCACAAGACACAAUGGCAGACAUGAAGGCUGAGUGGCAGCUCCUCAUGAAGUUGGAGGCUGUGCCUGGGGCGAGCGCAACAUGGCCGCUGAAGAGUGUCCCCAUUGUUCGUUGGCAAGUAUACCGUGAGGUCAUGACCUUUGCAGAAGAAAGACACUGGCAAGUCACCAAAGACUUGACAGACCUCAUCUCUGCGUGGUGCGCGGACCCUUCGUCCACCCUGGGGUGCGAAGAAGUCUUUCGCCACUUGCGGUUGGCUGAGCGGAGGCACACAAGUUCCUCAAUUUGCGUGCCGCAGAUCCAGGCAGUGGCCAUCAAAGGUCUGAACGAGCGCUACCAAAAGUUCGAAACCCAGCCUUUGGAGGCUGAGGCCAUCAGCUCUGUCCCAGUGGGCUCAGUGAUCAAGCCAGGCAUUUGGUCAGCUGAGCGGGACAGCGCCAGUGACACAGGCAUUUGCCGCUUCAACCAGCUUGCUCGCUCAACGGUGAUCACCGACGGCUCGGAAAUCCACUUGGUGAUUGACGCUCCGUAUGUUCACCUGAAGGUGUGGCCCUUGCGCGCCAUACAGAUCCCUUCUGGCAACGGUCAGUGCGAUGCAGCCGAGAUUCCCACGAGCUCGUGGGAUUUGAAGGAAAUGGUGGUCAGGAAGCCCAGCGACUGCCUCGUUAUUGACACUGCUCCCGAAAUGUUGGAGGAGCACGGCGAAGCUAAGCUUGUUUUGAAGCUUGGGGCGCGGCUGGCUUUGCCCAACUAUGCCUUGGAAAACUACGCUAGCCGCCUCUCUGCCGACGCGCUCAAGAAUCUGGCCAAGGCAUGUGGCUGUGAGACCCGCGGUCACAUGUCCAAGAGGCUUCGAGCAUCCCUGCUGCUGAAGCAUUUGAAUUACCCGGACGCGCAAAUCGAGGCCAUCCUGAGCACCUUCACGGACCACUCGGACCACUCCGACUCUGACCGAGAGCAAUCGGAGAUCAUGGUGGACAGCAAGUGCGAGGCUGAGCUCCUCAACAAGUUGCUCCAGCAGAUGGAGCCCAAAGACACAAAGGCAGCCACCGAAAAUGAGGGGACCGAAGCCGCAGAGGGCACCAAGGACACAGAGCUCACCAAGGGCGCAGAGGACACCAAGGACGCAGAGGACACCAAGGACACGCAAAUCGCGGAGCAGCCGCCUGUCAAGAAGCCUCGAACUGGCGACCUGCGGGCGCCAUGGUCGGAAACCGACCGGUCCACUGAGUGCACCGUUGCCAGCACUCGCGCCUGCGUCGGCCAGCCCAUUUGUGCAAGGCAUUUUGCCAACAGGCCACACGUGGAUGGGCAAGAGCUCGAUCUCUCGAAGCUUUCGCCCUGA